CCCUGCAGCGGUGGCUUCCGGCUGCGCCGGCGCCACGUCCAGCACCUGGCCGAGGGCAGGUGGUGUUGGGGAGCCCGGGUCCAGUCGGAGAGCUGCAACACGGCCGCCUGCCCAGGGGAGGAGUGUGAGGAUCGGGGCAAGGAGCACGCCCCGGCCUGCGCCAACCGCUGCCCCCGCACCUGCGCCGACCUGUGGGAGCACGUGGAGUGUCUGCAGGGGGAGUGCAAGCCAGGCUGCCGGUGCCCCGAGGGGCAGCUGCUGCAGGACGGCGUGUGCGUGCCAGUGCUGGCCUGCCGCUGCGGGCUGCCCAUAGCCAACGGCACGCGGGAGCUCUGGCCGGGGCAGGCGGCCGAGCUGGACUGUCACAACUGGUAA